UUGAUAAACAAAAAAUUUAUAUUCAAGACGGUAGACUUCGCCCGUGCGCAUCACAUCGUUUACUUCUUGUCGUCUGUUUUGGGUGAUAAAUCAUCUUCCACCCACUUUCCAACCUGGUUUUCCAUUCAAACCGAACAAUGCCAAUUUCAAUUUUACGCAUAUAAUCUCAUUACCAUAUGCCUCCUCCUAUCCUGCUCAAACCUUGGAUACGAAUUCGGUUCAACUUCAGGUGAAACAACUGAAUUUUUAAGAUGGAGAGAUACUUGGGGGACUUAUGUUUUUUUGUUGCGUUGACAUGGUGUUGGGUGACGAUCAGCUGCAAUGUUGUGUGCUUAAGGGAGGAAAGAGAUGCCCUCGUUGCUUUCAAGAAUGAGAUAUCUCCUUCACUUAGGUUUAGUUCAUGGAUUGGGCUUAAUUGUUGUGAGUGGUGUGGGGUUGAAUGCAGCCGAGAGAAAUCCCAUGUCAUCAAAAUUCAUCUUUCUCAAUUUUCAGUAAAUUCGAUAAAUCUCGAUAAAUAUUCUCCGACAAUUGACACUGAAAAUUCGAUAAAUCUCGAUAAAAAAUAUCCGACAACUGGCAUACUUUCUCCAGCACUGUUAAAAUUGAAGUAUCUGGAGCAUUUGGAUUUGAGCGCCAAUUUCUUGAGUGGCAUUAUACCGGCAGAGCUUUCUAGUCUACACCGACUGAAGCAUCUCGAUCUCAGCUUCAAUUAUUUUGAAGGCCAGAUUUCAAAGCAUAUAUCCUCCCUUCACAACUUGACUUAUCUCGACUUGUCUUGUGCUGGUGCUGAUCUGGAUGGUAGUAUUCUGUGGCGUCUGGGAAAUCUUUCCCAACUGCAAGUUAUAGAUCUUGCUACAAAGAUUUACCUCGAGGACGAGAUUUCAUAUAGCUGGUAUGAUUGUGGACCUGUCUAUAGUCCCAGUUUGAAGUGGACAGAGAAUGUGCGAGGGUUAAAGCAUUUGUCACUUCAAGGGGUCGAACUGAACAUGACGGGGAAGCAAUUAGAAGCACCACUUUCUAGGCUCCAUAGCCUUCACCACCUCAACCUCAAAGACUGUUCUCUGUCGGGGCACAUCCCCAAUGCUUUACGAAACCUCACCUCGCUCUCCCAUCUCCAUCUUGGCUGGAACGAGUUUACUUCCAGGUUGCCCACAUGGCUGGGAAAUAUGACUGGUUUAGUAUCCAUUCACUUUGACCUCUGUGACCUGACGGGGCCAUUCCCUUCAAGUCUUUCCCGUUUGCCUCAUCUGAAAGAGAUUAAGUUGGUCGACAACAAAAUAACUGGAAAUAUAAGACAAAUAUUGACAUGUGAAGCGUGGCCCCAGCUUACCAGAUUUACUCUAUCUUUCUCUAAUGUUACAGGAAGUUUGCCACCUUGCAUUGGAAAUCUGUCUGCCCUUCAAUGCCUUGCUCUUGAAGCCAACUCAUUGAAUGGACAAAUUCCAGCUUCAGUUGGAUUGCUUUCAGCCUUGGUUUAUCUCAGACUCUCUUAUAAUCUGCUGAUCGGCAAUGUGCCUUCUGAGUUGGGUGGGAUUUCCUCUUUGGAAGUGCUUUAUGUAGACCACAAUCAGCUUAACGGUAGCAUUCCCAAUUCUCUUGGAUAUCUUAGCCGACUUUCUAGCAUUGAUCUCGCUAACAACAAUUUAGAAGGCUCGAUUUCUCUUCAUUUCUUUGAAAAUGCUACCAGGCUUGUUGACCUCAAGCUCUCCGAAAAUAAAUUGACUGUUCAUAUUGAGCCCGAAUGGAUACCUCCAAUGCAGUUUAAAAAUUUGCAAUUGAGUUCUUGUGAUAUUGGGGGUCUCAUUCCCGCAUUCCUGUCAACACAAUUUAGGCUGCAAAUUUUGGAUCUCGGCAACAACAGUCUUUUUGGAAACAUUCCAGCUUGGCUUGGGGACCUUCCAAAUUUGGCAGUUAUUUUCCUGUCCCAUAAUAACUUGCAAGGUGAACUCCCUUCCAGCUUUGAUGUAAGUUACCAUGAGGAGAUAUAUUUGGAUCAUAAUAUGUUGACUGGUUCUCUUCCGAUUCCUUCUGUGCCUGCAUCAGAUUUGGAAUUGUUGGACUUGUCCCAGAAUAGAUUCACCGGCUUUAUCCCAGUGGAGAUUGGUUCGCUUCUUCCUAACAUUGAGUUCUUGUUAUACUCUGAAAAUGAUUUAAGAGGUGAUAUUCCUACUUCCAUCGGUUUUCUGCAAAAGCUACGGGAUUUGGAUCUAUCAGGUAACAACUUUGAAGGUAAAAUACCAUCAAGCCUCACCAACUGCACAGCUUUGAAAAAACUAAAUCUGGCAAACAAUAAAUUAAGUGGGGAGAUUCCAUCUAAGAUAGGAAGGCUACGCCAACUCGAAAAGCUUCAUCUCAGUGACAACAUGCUUAAGGGGAACUUGCCAUCUGAUGUCCAAAACUGUUGGAAAUUGCAGACUUUGGAUGUGGCAAAUAACUACUUGUCUGGGAACAUACCUCUUUGGUUAGGACAGCUUUCUGACUUGAUGAUACUUGUUUUAAGGUCAAACAAAUUCCACGGGUGGAUACCACAUGCAUUAGGCAAUCUUUCAACUCUCCAUGUCUUAGAUAUCUCCCACAAUAAUUUGACUGGUGCUAUCCCACCAGAGUUGGGGAAGUUGACAGGUAUGAUGGAUGGAGAAGCGGGAGGAUCAGCAGUCUUAAAUGGUCGUCGGUCCUCUCGUGGUCGUUCAUAUUAUUUUAAGGAAGAGAUCAUUUUGACUAACAAAAGAUUGAACCUAGUCUAUGGGUAUCCUGUAAUCUUACUUAUAACAUCCAUUGAUCUUUCUUCAAAUCAGCUUUCAGGUGACAUUCCUUCAGAAAUUGGCAACCUUAAGCAUUUACAUGUCCUGAAUUUGUCAGGUAAUAGUCUUACAGGAGAGAUUCCAGUAAGUUUUGGCUUGUUAGAGCAGUUAGAAUCAUUGGAUCUUUCUAAUAAUAAAUUGCGUGGAAGAAUCCCAGGUCAGAUGGUACCACUUUCCUUUUUGAGUUUCUUCAUUGUGUCCAACAACAUGCUCUGUGGAACAAUCCCAUCAGGGUCUCAGUUCUCCACAUUUAAUUCUACUUACUUUUCAGGAAACCCUGGUCUGUGUGGGUUUCCAGUUGACAAGAGAUCAUGCAGUUGUGAUGACAACUCAUCUGCAGGUAUGCCACCGGUUUCCGAAGAUGAAGAGGAGGAAGAGGAAGAAGAAAUCCCAUGGUAUUGGUAUGUAAGUUGGAUGGCAAGCUUUGCUGUUGGAUUCUGGGGAGUGUUUGGAGUCCUUUGCCUGAAAAAGAAAUGGCGAGUAAUAUACAUUAGAAUCCUAGAUGGAUAUGCCGUAGGUCUUCUGAAUAUAUUGUCACUCAGAAAAUAA